AUGUCAAAUAGGUGCCAAGCCUUAGCAAUCAGGGAAGAUAAAAAGCCAUGUGACCCAAGUGCUGCCAAAUGUCCUUUGCGUGGGUGCAUGCUCAUCAGCACCCCUUCUAUAGCUGUGUUGCAUAUUAGGAUAAAUGAUGGCCUGGACAUGGGUGCCAACUACCAAGCUACAAAGGUAGGCAAGGUCCAAUUGGCAUUUCUACAAGGUGAUGGCAUGCCAGGCAAUAAGUAUUCCCCAUCUACACAGGAAAUACUUAAAGAUCCAGUUAGCGAGUGCAAAGCUUGUUUCAUGUCAGAGAAUUUGAAAUUCAGGGUAGUGCAAUACCAAACAGCGGCCUUAAAUGAGAGUGAUGCAGGCAUGGCAAUGGUGGAGAAUGAGGACAUUAUGGGUCUGGCAAAUCUGGCAAAGCCACCAGAAGCAUUCGGUGACUGGGGCAGCUAUAGCAUAGAAACCUUUGCCUUUGUCAUUGGAGUUGGUAUUGGUUGGGCAGUUGCCUAUAAGUUCAAGAUCCAGGUUCCAAAUGCUGAUAAGGUAUAUUUUGAGCAAUUAGAAGGUGUGAAAGAGGCUGUAGAGUUCAAGCUUGGGUUGAGAGAAUCAUGA